GAGCUAGUCUCUUUCGCAUUCACUUAGGACUUUACUACAUUAGCUAUAUUACAUUGGUAAUUGAAUUGAAGUCAUUCACUUCGUUCACACGGUGUCAUGUACAAUACUUCGUGGCAGCAGCCACGACUAUAUAAGCAGGCCAGUCGCCUCGAGCAAGUAUUCAUUCAAACACUCAGAAAGCACUCAAGCAUCAACGGCAUCAAUAGAAUUCAAUUCUCGCAUCUCACGCAUCAAUUUCUUGAAAAUAAAUCACCUCUCACAAAAUGGGUCUCAAACUCUACGGUAUGCGUCAAGCAACUUGCACUCAACGAGUACUCACUACACUCGCCGAGAAAGGCGUUGACUACGAGUUAAUUCUUGUCAACCUUAUGGCAGGAGAGCAAAAGGCACCUUCGUAUCUUGAGAAGCAGCCUUUUGGAAAGGUUCCCGUCCUCGACGAUAACGGUUUCUUGAUUUACGAGAGCAGGGCCAUAUGCAAGUACCUUGCUCGAAAGUAUGCCGACAAGGGUACAAAACUCAUCCCUGCAGAGGGCGAUGUGAAAGGCUACGGUUCAUUUGAACAAGCUUGCUCGAUUGAACAGGCUUACCUUGAUGUUGAGACUUUCGGUCUCUGGUUCGAAAACUUCAUCAAACCUGCCAGAGGAUGGGGUGCCACUAGCCCAGAGGCAGUUCAGAAACAUCUCCAAACACUUGACAACAACCUCGCCGUCUACGACCAGAUCCUUUCGAAGCAAAAGUAUCUUGCGGGAGAUGAAAUUACUUUGGCUGAUUUGUAUCAUUUACCACACGGUACACAGGCGUUGAAAUAUGGAUUUCAAGACCUACUCGGAAAGUAUCCCCACGUGAACAAGUGGUGGGAAGGACUUCAAGCUAGAGACAGCUGGAAAGAAGUAGUUGCUGCGGCUGCUUAGAUUUUUAAUGUGUCUCUGCUCUGAUAGAUAGCUGUUAAGAGCCCGGCAAUCACCCUUAUGCAUUGCGGUUGAAUGCAUUUGAGUUGUACCAAAAGAUAGCACUGCCAAUAUUGAAAUCCUUAUUA